UUUAUAAAGGCGCUAUGGAGUUGAAUUAGUGAUUUUAUAAAAUAUACCAAGAUGAAAUAUCUUGUUGUGUUGUGUGCUCUCGUUUAUUUUGUGCAGGGCAAAGUACUACCUGAUCGUGUAUCGAAUUUAUUAUGUCGCAAAUCCGACCCCGAAUACGAAAAAUGCAUCAGAAAAAAUUUGGAAAAAUCCAUCCCCCAAUUGGUAAAGGGUGUACCUGAAUUCAACAUGCCACCAAUCGAUCCUCUAGAACUGCCUUUUGUUACUGUAGACAGGACAAUUAAUGAACUCGUCAGCAUUAAUGCCAUUCUGAAAAAUGUCAAAGUAAUUGGCGCCAGUAACUUCGUAAUUGAGGAUAUUAGAGCGAAUCCUCACAACUAUACCGCUGAAAUGAGAUUAACUUUCCCCUGGACUCAUCUGGAAAUGGAUUACGAUGUCAACGGACAACUUCUGAUUGUGCCAUUGAGAAGUAAAGGUUACUUUAAUGGAAACUUCACUGAGACCCAGCUGUACGUCCGAGGAAAUCUUAAAACAGUGGAUAAAAAUGGAGUCAAAUAUUUUAGGGUUGACAAAUUUAGUAUGAAAAUUAGAGUUGGUGAUGGACGAGUUAAACUGAUCUCAGAAAAUCCUGAACUACAGUUUGGAGCGGACCUUAUUGCCAACUUCUACAAUGACAACCCACGUCGUGUGAUGGAUGCAAUCAAUCCAAUUUUCGUCGAAACCGCUACGGAACUUUAUAGGGUUGUACUGGAUCAAGUACUCAGCGCUGUACCUGCCAAAGAAUGGCUUCCAGAAUAAUUUUAUGUACAUAUAGAUAUUUUUGUAAGUCACACUGUAGAAAGCUUUAAGGUUUACUGUGUUAAUUUUUUAUACGUAGUAUUAAAAUUUUAGUUGUUUGUA